ACAGAAAAUUGUCAAGAGUUGAAAAACGGAGUCGAUCUGUGUCGUGCGUAUGGCUACAUGUCAAAAACGGAUAAUCAUCAACAAAAAAAGAGUGUACAACCCGACUGUUUAAUAUUUUCAAUAUAGAUAAUUGCAAAUAAAUUUAUAUAAUUCAAAAUGUUGGCCUUAAUCAAUCGCAUUUUGGACUGGUUUAAGUCCCUCUUUUGGAAGGAAGAAAUGGAACUUACACUCGUCGGCCUCCAAUACAGCGGAAAGACUACUUUCGUUAAUGUUAUAGCGUCGGGUCAAUUUAGUGAAGAUAUGAUACCAACUGUUGGUUUCAAUAUGCGCAAGAUAACAAAAGGCAAUGUCACAAUUAAAGUAUGGGACAUUGGUGGACAACCGAGAUUUAGAUCAAUGUGGGAACGAUAUUGUCGUGGUGUUAAUGCAAUUGUUUAUAUGGUUGAUGCUGCAGACUCAGAGAAAAUUGAAGCGAGCAGAAAUGAAUUGCACAAUCUUUUAGAUAAACCACAAUUAUCGGGAAUUCCUGUCCUUGUUCUCGGCAACAAAAGAGAUUUACCUCAUGCCUUGGAUGAAAAUGGACUCAUAGAAAGAAUGAAUCUGUCUGCAAUUCAAGACCGUGAAAUAUGUUGCUACAGUAUUUCGUGCAAGGAAAAGGACAAUAUCGACAUAACGUUGCAGUGGCUUAUAGCACACUCAAAGGGUGGUGUUCGCUAAUACCAAUUGUAACAUCGAAUCGUUAAUAUAACGAAAAGAGUUCGCGGCACAAGAAACAGAAUUAGAAUCAAUGAACCAUCAAAUUAAGUUCAUUGAAUUUCUGUUUCAAAAAGAUCAAGUCAUUAAAAGUAGCGAAUCACAUAAUCUUAAGCUUUGUCCGAUCUGAAUGGGCGUGAGAGUAAAAAAAUUUAAAAAAAAAAAAAAUUAUAUACAAUAAUGAAAAUACCAUCGCAAAGACAGCGUGUAUAUCACCAACUAUGAGGUUGUAGAAUUAAGAACAUUUUUUACUUUUUCUUGGCUUUUUUUUAACAAUAUUUACAAUUUUACUUUUGCCACCAUUUAUAGAGGAGUAUAUUUAUAAAUAUAUGUUUAAUUACAUAAUAUAAAUAAAAUGUAUCCAAAAUAUAUAAACAUACAUUUCUUUAUAUUAUAUAUUUAUUUACAUAUAUUUAUAUUUAUACUUAUAUUUAUUUUA